AGGUUUUGGGUUUGAGUUUAUCGUGACAUUUUUAGAUUUUUUUUCAUUUAAUUAAUAAUUUCUAGGUAUAGCUGUUGGGAUUUAAUUUUGGUAAAUAAAAAGAAAAAGAAAAACUACACAUGAGUUAACCUCAGUGUUGGGGAAAUAUAAACCAUCAGAUUCCAAACUCGCCGUCACCGAAACCCCAAUAAAACCUCCACUCUUCUACCCUUCGCCGGAAAAUGAUGUCUGCCGACGAAAACCUCGUUAAAGAACCCGAAGCUUCCGUAAACGACACCGUAGUUGUCAAUGGCAUCAGCGGAGACGAAGAAGACGAUAUUCCUAUGUUGAGCUCUCACGCUCUGGAAGCGCUCAAAGAGUUCCUUGCAGAACAGAACCAGGCUGCUGCCGCCGCCGAAGAAGCCGUAGACGGAGACGGGGAGGAGGUGGCGCUGGUAACAGAGGACUGGCGGCUCAGCCAGUUCUGGUACGACCGCCAAACUGCCGAAACCAUCGCGGCUGAGGUCGCCGCUCUCUCUGAAACGCUCCCUUCACCUCGCGUCUCCUGCAUUGCUUGCCCUACUCUUUAUGCCUAUCUCAAGAAAAUUAUUCCAGGAGUACCAGCGCAGCUUCUCGAGUAUGAUAAAAGGUUCGAGCAAUAUAGGGAUGAGUUCACUUUCUAUGACUAUAACCAACCUGAGGAUCUUCCGUCGUCGUUGAAGCAUUCAUUUCCAAUUGUAGUGGCAGAUCCUCCUUACCUGAGCAAGGAGUGCUUGGAGAAAAUUGCGGAAACUGUUAAGUUUCUAUGUAAACCAGGAGAGUGUUACCUACUAUUACUUACAGGUGAGGUGCAAACAGAUUUGGCUGCCGAGCUUUUAGGCUUGCGUCCAUGUGGUUUUCAACCUCAGCACUCCAGCAAACUUGGCAACGAGUUUAGGCUUUUCACCAGCUAUGAUCCUGGAGCAAGGCUUGGUGGAUGGCAACACGAUAUAUAGGACCUUUGUGAUGUCAAGGUUGUGGUAGAUGAUGCUGCUGUUGUUGCUCAAAAUCUACUCAGAGUUUGACCGAGCUAUCCAUGAUUUUGAGCUUAUUGCACUGUAUGUACAGCUCAUUGAAGAUUGAGUGGAAUCACAUGUAAGACUAUACUUAUACUUUCUAAUCGGGAGACUUUUCCUAAGUUCAAAUUUUGCAGGCAUUUGAAGUUGCUAUGGGCAAAGUUAAUUGCAGUCGACUGUUAGACGUCUCUCUCUCGUGUGUAUGUGUGUGUUUGUAUGAAUGCAAUGAAGAAAAGGGAUUGACACUGGACA